AUGGUAGGGUCCGCAGUGGUUGAGUUUUCUUCUUCAGAUGAAGCUGAGAAAGCCUAUCGAAGCCAAAUUCCUAUGUUUUUAAAUAGAUUUAUUCGGAUUUACACUCGUGUUCCAGAAAACUUCAAACACUAUGCUCGAAGUGUGACUAGUCCUUUUCCUCGUCCCAAGAGUAUACUGGGUCGUUUAGGAACACGACCUGUUCCUGGAAAUAGCAGAAUUAAUUCAGGUUCAUGUAUGAGUAUGACUAAUGACUGUAUAGAAAAUCAACAAGUUCCUGGCAGCAUUCUUCCUGAUGAUACCCUCCAAAGGGGUAAUAGAUCUCGUUGGUGUUUAGAACGUAAUCGAACUAGUGGAGAUGCCUUAUUAUCUGGUGAUGAAGAAGACGAUUUAAUUGACGAAAAUCCUACCAUAGAUAGUCAUGAACGAAAUUCGGCCACUUUCAUCAAAGAACGUAGUAAAGCCUUUAAUCAAAGAAUUGAUAAUGUAGUAGAUAAUUCUGUUGAUGAAGAGUCAUUAUUAUUUACUCGUAAUUCUGAUACAGCAAGGCAAUUCAAUAAUAAUAGUAAUAAUAUAACUGUUACGUCAAGUCCUUGUACUUUGUCGCAUAAACAAGAGGCUGAGGCAAUUCUUUGA